AUGAAGCGCGGCCUGGCUAUCCUGCUGGCCCUGGCCAUGUUCCUGGGGCUCCUCCAGCCAGGCCAUGGCCAGGCCCUCCGCGUGGAGCCCCCUGGGCCAGUGGUCAUUGUGCCACUGGGUGGGGCGUGCCAGCUCACCUGCAGCUUAUCCUGUGGGGACGACAAGGCGGCCAACGUGAAGUGGCACGGCCUGGACACUGCCCUGGGUGCCGUGCAGUCAGGCCCGGGCAACAGCGUCCUCUCUGUGCACCGGGCUGGGCUGUCAGCCACCGGCACCCGUUUGUGCGUGGGCUCCUGCAAGAACCGCACCUUCCAGCAUUCCGUGCAGAUCCUUGUGUAUGCCUUCCCGGACCAGCUGGCUGUGUCCCCAACAGCUCUGGUGCCUGGGCGGAACCAAGAAGUAUCCUGCACCGCUCACAACGUCACUCCCCCAGGCCCGGAUACCCUCUUCUUCACCCUGCUCCUAGGAGGCCAAGAUCUGGAGGGUGUCAGGGCCCUGGAUCGUGAGGAGGAGGAGGAGGAGGAGCCCCAGGAAGCAGAGGGCCCCCUGUUCCGAGUGACAGAGCGUUGGCUAGUGCCUGCCUUGCAGAUCCCCACCUCAUCUGCCCUCCUGUGCCAGGCUACCAUGCGAUUACCUGGCCUGGAAGAAAGCCAUUCCCGGGCCUUUCCAGUCCUGCACAGCCAGACUUCACCAGCGCCCCCUGGUGCCACCUCCCGGGAGUCCCCCAGUGUGACCUCCAUCGACGCCCCCCAGGCCAUCUCCAGGGACUCUCCCAGCUCCUUGCCCGCUACCCCCCAGCAGCGCUCCACACGUAGCCCCAAGAUUCUCAGCUCCUCUGGGACCUGUCACCCUGAGAUCCACCAGGUCACCCGCACGGAGGAGAAGGAAUUCCACUGGGAGCUGCUCUGUGAGGCGCCCUGUGGCUCCGGUGUGGCCGUGCGCUGGACCCUGGCUCCUGGGGGACUGGCUGCCUAUCACAGGAGGGAAGCCGGAGCCCAGGCGUGGCUGAGCGUGCCACCCGCUAGUUCCAUCCCUGGGGGCUGGUUCCAGUGUCGCCUGGACCCGGGUGGCCAGGUGGCUAGCCUGUAUGUUCCUGGCCAAGUGUUCCCCCAAACCUCACCGGGUCCUAAGGUUGUCCAGCCACCCAGUGGCCCCUGGAUAAGCAGCUUGGUCCUGGGGCUGCUCCUGCUGGCCAUGCUCAUCUAUUGCCUGUGGAGACAUUGGUGGACACGAGUUGAAGAGCACACCCACCUCCCGGCUCCCUUGCGGCUCCUGCCUUUGCCAGAAUAAGAGGUACGAGCAGGCGGCCUCUUCCCACACCCUGCUGCAGGGUUCUGGACAGCAAGAGGACUGACAGUGUCCCCUUUCAUGGGCUUCCUAUACCUGCCCAUCCAGAGCCGGAGAAUAAAGUUUGUGUGGU